GUAAAAUGUCAAAAUCACGAGUUUUCUUUACUAAUAAUUUAUAAUGAAAUAAUUAAGUUUUCAAAGUAUUAAGAGUUUUACAUAAUGGUAGAAAGUUGAAAGAAAAAGUUGUCCAAGCCAAUAGGUAACGAAAAUAUCAAAAGUUAAUAGUGAGAGGAUAAAAUGGUUACCGAAGAUUUACAUAUUAAUGAUCUGCCGCUGGAGACAUUUGUUGAAAUUCUUUUAAAAGUUGAUGGAAAUUCACUCGGACGUUGCAGACGCGUUUGUAAAAGAUGGAAAGAAUACAUUGACGACAUUGAUCAUUUAUGGCAAGAGAUGUGCCGCAAGGAAUUCACAUAUUCGUCGAAAAUUGCCAAACGAAAGUCCGGCAAUGAUUGCAAUUGGUAUCACAUAUUUAGAAAUCUCAAACAGUGGUCGGACUUGUCACCAUUCGAGAAAAACGUUAAAGAAUUCUAUAAAUUCACAAUACAUGAUCGAUCUCAUGUUUUAGAUAUUGAUUAUGGUGUUUUACCACUUAAAGAUUCUCAAGGCAUUGUGUUAUAUGAUACAAGCACUUUAAAAUAUAUUCCUGUUGCUUUACCGGAAAGGCAUUGUAUAAGAAUUGCUAAUAACGACAGAGUAACGAUUAUAUUAUUAAAAACAGGCCUUUAUCUUCGAAGAACUGUUGACACACCUAAUUUUGUUUCAGAUGAGUUCUUUAAAGCAGAUAAUUUUGUUUUAACAAAUGAUACAUUAUAUUUUUAUAAUAAUAGAGAUAUUUUUAAAUGUGAUCUGUUGAGUCAAAGUUUAACACCAGUUUUAAUAUUACACUGUGAUUUUGAUAUAAAAGAUAUACAAUAUAGUAAUAAGAAAGUACACAUUUUUACAGAAAAUGGUAAAAUUGUAAAUAUUACCAAAAGCGUAGAUGUUACGGUUCAACCUGUAAGAUGUCCUAUUGAAUGGAUAAAACAUUUGAAAAAUAUAUGCGCUGUUAAUGAUAAUAAUUUUGUAUUUUAUUCAAGAAAUAUAUUUAAAAUAGAAACUGACAAAUAUCAGCAUUUGUACUUAGAAUUUCCACCCGUCACUGCGCUGUUUUUCUAUGUCGAUGUUGUCUUGAUAGCAACAAGGGCUGGUGAAAUUCUUGUAUACAGGUUAUCUAGUCAAAAAAAGGCUACUAGACCCAUUUUUGAAACUUUAGCAACUUUGCCCGAAGGAAAAUACGCUGUGCAACUGGAUAUUUUCGAAAGAAAAAAUGGACCUGUUAUAGUUGCAUCAACAUUUUUUGAAUUGUACUUGAUAGAAAUCAAUUUCUUUCCUAAUGAGCCAGUAUUAAAGCAAUCAUUUUCAAACCACAAACUAAACAUGUACAAGAGGCUACUCAAACUAAAGGAUAAACUGCAGACGGUUUAACUUCGUACAAAAAAAAAAAAAAAAUUGUUAAAUGAACAAAAGAAAUGUAAAUAGAAAUUAAUUUAUUCAGAAUAAAUAGUUUUUGUUU